GUAUCCAAGAUGUAAUAAGCAAUGAAGAUAAAAAUCAAAAGAGAAUUCGAAUUAUUACAAAUAAUUAACAGAUAUCGGGUUUGAGAACAAGAGGACGUCGGGGUAGUGAAGCACUGAUCCCGAGGAAGAAAGGGGACUACUCGCACUAGCUAUUUUGUAAAUCCACCGGUAUCACAUGUACAUCUUUUCGGUAACUACGAAUGGCAAUGAUUAUGGCGAGAGACAAGAAAGUGGCCUAGUCCACACGCCACCGUAGUCAUGUAGAACAGCAAAUCUCAGGCUAGAAAUUCGCCUACUGUCUUCCAAUAUGAUGGUAGCUGCUAGCGUGAGUACUGUGACCAAGGUGAAACCUGGCAAAAAGCCUUUUUCAGUGCUUUCUUGUGGCGAUGGUGGUGACAACUCGAUCCGCGGACACUACGUCAGUGAUGGUGUUGCCGCGUAUUACGCACAGGAAACGUACCAAAACCCGCACGAAGACCGGGUGCGCCAUGUUUUAGCACACUGUUGGGAUGUUUGGGGCCUCCAGCAUCUUAUCUUCCGACAUAAGACUUCAAGAGAUUCAGCAGGAAUAUUCUGGGAUUUAUGCGCAGGAAGUGGGGAAGUGACUGAAGCAUUUCUCCGGCAUGUAUGUCCGAACCCACAAGCCUGUCGUGUAGCGAAACGAACCAAGAAAACUGUUCAAGAAAAGGAGGAACAGGUAUGGAACCUUCCCGCACACUGCCAUCGUAUCAUUGCAACGGACCCUUUCACAUUUCGCUUGUAUGAAAAGCGCUUUGAAAGAUCGGCCUACAGGGUUAUUGAAGGGGAGCACCACCGCGAGCGCGAUGGCGAUGGUGCGAAAGUAAGAAAAUUUUCUUGUCUCCCGUUAUCAUUCCAAGACAUAAUACAUUGUGGGAUAGAAGACGCAAUCGCACCAAAAGCAGACAAAGAUGAUGAAGACGAUCUGGAAGUGCAAGUAGAUGAGGGACAAAAAAUUGACUCAACACCAGACCACGAUUAUCCUGAGUGGUCGUUGUCACCUGCGUCGUCUUUAUCAAACUUCAUUGUGGAUUUAGCUGUUUGCUCCUACGCUCUACAUCUUGCAGAUCCGAGGCAGGAGCUGCCCAUGGUCGCCAUGACAUUAGCUCGGCAUGUGCGCUUUCUGCUGAUAAUCACACCGCAUAAGAGACCCCAGUUGUUAGCGGAGUGGGGCUGGCAGAAGGUCGGGGAAGAGGUUGUCGCGAGAACGAGGGCAGUACUCUACAGGAGCACGGAGUUGAUUGACGCACAUGACGACACCGAGCUUGUGGCAACGAUUGCGAAGGCGCGACCUGGCGGCGGACCUCCGUGAGAGCCAAUUGAAGUCCAAAAACGCCAUAAUCAUACACACCCCACGACCGCCUCGAACUGUCUACCCUGAUCCUUUUUUCGCUGAAUCAAUAAAGAGAGCCUCCUUCUCAGAGGAACCUCCAUCAUUGGACCCGCCUAGGCAUCUAGUCCUUGGACUGCAUUUUGACGCAUGAUGGUUGUUGUUCCCGUUCUACCACUGAAUAAUUCAGGUUCUGG